AUGGCUUCCUUCUUUCCCCGCACCAUCUACAACAGCGAGGCUUCCUUCACGCCUCUCUUCCGUCUCCUCGACGAGUUUGACACAUACUCGCGCCAGUCCCAGCCCGCCUCCGGCAAGCAGCAGCAGCAGCAGAACCAGCAGCAGCAGCACUUCCGCAAGGCGGGUCCCGUCUGCCACUGGCAGCCCAAGUUUGACGUCCGCGAGACUGCUGACGCCUACGAGCUCCAUGGCGAGCUUCCCGGCCUCAACAAGAAUGACGUGAGCGUCGAGUUUACCGAGCCCCAGACCCUCGUUGUCCGCGGCAAGGUCGAGAGGACGUACACCACCGGCACCUCCCCCAACAACAACCAAAAGGCCGUCGAGGCUGCUGCCGAGGAGGCCGCGCCCGCACCGUCUCACAAGGCCACCGUGUCUGAUGAGGACGACGCCAGCAUCCAGGAGGAGAAUGGCAGCGAGGUCGCGAGCGAGCCUUCCAACACCAUUGCUCGCAACAACAACAACAACAACACUGUGGCCGCGUCCACCGACAAGGCCAAGUACUGGCUCACGGAGCGCAGCAUUGGCGAGUUUGCCCGCUCGUUUAGCUUCCCCUCCCGCGUCGACCAAAAUGGCGUCACCGCCGGCUUCCAGGACGGUAUCUUGAGCAUCACUGUGCCCAAGGCCAAGAAACACGAGCCUGUCCGCAUCAGCAUCAACUAA